ACGAAACUUAUAACCUAAAAAGCAGCUGAAGAAAACUUGAAAUAUUGUUGUGGUAUAAUUUUAACUAAAACAUCUAAUAAUGUUAACCAGGUUACGACUAGGAAAGAGAGAUUUUCGUCUUAUUACUCGUUUUUUAUCCGAUAAACCGUCAGACAACGAUGGAAAAGCUCCAGAAAAUAAGCCAGAAGAGCAAGAAACAAAAAAGAUUUCUUCAGAAACUGAAAAGAUUCAAGAACUGCUAAAAAAGAUGCUGGCCGAACCUAAGAUAUCAGAGAAGGAGUAUCGGGAGAAAUUUGCCACCGCUCCUGAGAUUCCAAGGUGGCGAAAGCCCAAAGCGGAUGAAAUAGAAGUAACAAGUGAAAAAAUUGAGGAAAGUAUAACCAAAGCAGCUGGAGAAGUAGCUCAAGCCAUUGGUGGUGAUGUCAAACAAAAUGAAGCAGAGCUUCUUUCAAAGGUGCUCGGCAAAAUCAACCAGUCUUCAACCACGUUAAGUGACCUAUUAAUUGGCAUGAAAGUUGACCGAAACACAGAAAAAGAUGACACAGUCCAAAAGCCAACUAGAGGACAGCAAGUAAGACGUUUUGUGGAGAGACCCAACACAAAUCAGCAAACCAAGUCUACUCAGAGAAGGCAGGUUGCUGAUACUGAAAGACCUCAUGGAAAAAGAAGCAUUCCUCAGCCUUCGUCAGUGAAUAUAUUCAGUGGAGAACCCCUGGGCAUCUUUAAGGCUAAAGGAACAAACUAUGGGACUAAGCUCGACGUUUGGGACUCAUUGAAGGAGAGAGAACUCACCCUGUCUACUCUGCAGCCCCCAAGCAAUUACUUCCAGAAGAUGGUUUUGUGGACAGAACAGGGGAAAGUCUGGAAAUUCCCCAUAGAUAAUGAACAAGGUUUGGAAGAGGAACAGAACAUCCAUUUCUCGGAACACGUGUUCCUGGACUCACAUUUAGAAGGAUGGUGCCCAAAGAAAGGCCCCAUCAGGCAUUUCAUGGAGCUGGUAUGCGUCGGAUUGUCUAAAAACGCUUUCUAUACUGUUCAGGAGAAAAAAGAUCACAUCAUGUGGUACAAAGAAUAUUUUGAAAGCAAAAAGGAUGUGCUCACGGAAGUAGGAGCUUGGGACUCGAAGCCGGCUACGAGCGAGGCUAGCACAUAAAAUUAUUGUUAUUGAUAUACAUUAUAGUUAGUACAUAAUACUAAAA